AUUCUUCCGAUCGAGGCCGCGCAUCUCACAACGCAGCACUUCAUACGUUGCGUGACAUAGACUCCUAUAAAUGGCUCGUCGCAGCCGUAAACAAAGAGUGACACACAAAGGGACGGUCACAAUUACAGGUUAAAACAAACACCGAUCGAAUUUUUAAGUGAUUGGUGAAAAAGUUUUGCGUCACAACCAUCCUGAAGGACUGCAGAAUUCUCCAUUUGCUUUUAACUGCCGCAACUCGCCAAAGCAUGACGAAUACAGCAGCGCUCAUUACCGUGGCCGAUAUAGUUGGUUGGGGUUAUUUUUUGUCUUGGACGGUAUCGUUUUUCCCACAAAUUUAUGAAAACUGGAGGCGAAAAUGUGUGGUUGGCUUUUCUUUCGACAUGUGGGCUUACUUCUUUCUCAGUUAUAUUACCUACAUGAUUUACAAUGUGACGGUCUAUUUCGACCCGAAGGCGAUCAUGUCUAAUUUAGAUCAGGAUAACCCGGUCAAGCUGACAGACGUGGUAUUCUCUAUCGUAGCGUUUGCCUGUACUACUACUCAGGGCAUACAGUGCUUGAUGUACGAUCGGGGAUCGCAGGAAAUUCAUCGUAGCACAAUUGCCAUUUGUGCUGGUUGCUUACUGGCCCUCGUUGUACUAACUGUUCUCAGCCUUUUUGGCAUCCUCGGCUCGUGGUUUGUGGUCCUUCAGUAUUGUGGAUAUGUUAAGUUUAUCGUUUCAUUUGGGACGUAUUCACCUCAAGUGUGGCUCAACUUCAAACGCAAAUCCACAGAGGGGUUCCAUAUUGGUGGAGUGCUGCUGGAUUUUGGUGGAGGAGUACUCAGUCUGUUACAGAUGGAUCUUUACUGCUUCAUUGAACACAGCAACAAUCAGCUAACAGGGAACAUUCCUAAGAUGGCACUUGCUGUCUCCACUCUCUUAUUCAACAUCAUCCUCAUUUGGCAACAUUAUGUGUUCUAUUUGGGAAAUGAACACCGUUCUAGUGAUAGUGAGAAAGAACCUCUGUUAAGAGGUGAAAGGUCAAAUGAGUUUUAUACAGUAAAUGUCCAUGCUGAGGAUGGAGAUUAUAUUGUGAUAAGUUUUCAAGAUUCAGAGGAGGAAAGCACAACCCAACGUGGUGCUGGUUCUCAGGAGUCUUUGGUGUAAAUUUUUCUUUUAAAGCAAAAACAAUCCUCAAAUGUUUUAUAUUUUGAUUUCAACAGGGGAUGAUCUGAUUUUGUAUAUAUGCAUUUGAAAACAAAUGUAAUCAAAAAUUUGAUAAUCUACAUUUUUAUUGAUAGUUUUAUCUUUACAAAGAAUUUUUUAUUUAUUGAAUUUUUUAAUGGCUAAAUUUUAGUGUACAUAUUAAUCUUUAAUUGUUGGAAUUGAAAGUGGACUUAAAAUUACACCACAUAAUUAAGGCAAAAACUCAAGUCUGCAUUGUGGUACAACUACUACAGAGCAUUAUUGGAAUUACUAUGUACUGCGAAUACAUUCUUCCAACUUGCAUGCAGAGAUGCCUAAUUUUGGAAAGCUGACUUGAAGUGACUAGAAAAAUGAUUUUAUAAUGUGUUAGAGGUAACUUUUUGGGAGUAUGUUAAUAGGAUCAACCAAAGUCAUCCAUAAGGUAGGCUAAGUCAUCAGAAUUUCAGGGAAUUAAAACUUUUCAUAACCCUUUCACUGCCAAGAUCUGAUUGUUAAUUCUCCCCUCUAGCUGCUACAUAUUUGCUUCUAAAUUAGUCAAGAGAAUUUGGUGUUAGAUCAAGAACAACAACUUCUACGCGAUAAGUUUAAGUAUUCUCAUUACCUCUUUGCUAGAUAGUAUGUGGAUAUUAUAGGGAGAAGUUACCUCUCAAUCACUUCUGGGAGUUAAAGGGUUAAGAGCAUAUUUGAAAAUCUUACUCAAAAGGUCAGUGUUGAGGAAAAGAAACUUUAAAAUAACUAAGUAUAGCCUAUUUAUGUGCUAAGGAUGAGCACUAUACAAACACAUAACCCUAAAACCCUAAGCAAAUUUUAAUGGGAAUGUUUAGGAGAAUACAAGGACUUGAAACCCUUUAUUAAUCGUUACAAAGCACAUAUACCUAUUUCUUGAAGUGCAAAAGUUAUUUUUGAUGGAAAGUAUCAGUUACUACAAUAGGGGAAUUUUUAUGGGAUUUAUUCCAAAUGUUGGAAGUUUGAUAAGCAAGUGA